ACAAGUAUACCUUCAAUCCUCCAAACCUCUCUAUAAAAAAAAAAGUCGAAAUCAAAACCCGUGAUUCCAAAUUUCCAACACGGAGAAGAUGAUGAACAACCAUGAAGCAAGUUUCCAGCAAUCCGACAGCCCAAAGUACUGCGAAAACGGGUGCGGUUUUUUCGGUUCGGCAGCGACCAUGGAUCUAUGCUCAAAGUGUUACAAAGAAUACUGCGUCAAAGAGGGCAUAACCAGCACCAGCACCAGCACCACCACCUCCUCCUCCUCCUCCUCCGUCACAGCCGCCAUUGAGAAGUCCUUGAGCGUGCUAUCAUUGUCGUCGAACACGGUGGUUGAGGAGGAGAAAGAGGUUGUUGUGAAGGAGGUUGUUGUUCGGAAAAACAGGUGCGAGUGUUGUAACAAGAAGGUUGGACUUUUAGGGUUUACGUGCAAAUGUGGGAGUACUUUUUGUGGGCCUCAUAGGUACCCUGAAGAACAUAAGUGUACCUUUGGUCAUAAGCUUGCUGGUAAAGUCGCCAUUGCUAAGGAAAACCCUCUCGUCGUACCUGACAAACUACAGAAAUUCUGAUCAUCACACAAACUUUCAAUCCGGAGACAGAUAAUACGAAGUAUAUUGGUUAUGUUCAGUUAGUUAUUUCGCCCAUUGUGAAACUAUUUUUUUUAUUAUAAAAUAAAAACAAAUCUUUAAUUUCUUCCAUGAUA